GAAAGCUGGUGCGACGUCUCCCGCCAGUAUGAAAGGAGUGUGCGAAGCAAGACCAUGGGGUGAGACAGCCGUUUAGAGAAUGGAUGUACUGGGUGUACUGGGUGGCACUUGCUGCUCUCUCGGUAUUUGUCGUCUACAUGGGCAUGUGCAUGGUGUUUGUGUCCUACCAGGAUCUUCUGGGAGCUCACAGAACGUCACCUAUUCACAGCAUCGAGGUGGAGGUAAUCGCACGCAAGGUUAGCUUGCAGACGGCUGAGGGGGAGUGCACGGGUACUUGGGGUCAGUGAAAGUGGUAGGUCGAUGCUCAGCGAUUCAGCAUCAUGCAUG